AUGGAUGCUAUGAUGUCGUACGCAUCGAUGUCAGACCAUGGAAAUGAUUGGGGGAUCGAUGUCAUCGUCGGCAUCUUCUUAGGGAUUGCCGUGUACAACGCCCUCGAGGUAUAUCUAUUGAUGUUCAAAACCUUCCGACGAAAGAAUACCAUGUAUUUCUGGACGAUACUGGUUUCCAAUUCAGGAGUUUUUCCUUGCUUGUUAUACAUGUUUCAUCUCUGGGGCCUAGCACCAAAUUUCCCGAUGGCCGUGUGCACGUCUGUUGGUUGGGUUUUCAUGUCGACCGGCCAGUCCUUCGUUCUCUACUUACGACUACACCUUGUGCUUCACGACCGGCGCAAGCUACGAUGGGUCCUCUCCCUCAUAAUCUUCACAUUCGUCACGUUACAGGUACCGGCGACCGUUACUUUCCUGGCCAUGAGUUCCUAUCCACCGGACAGCCGAAAAGGAAAGCCAUUCAAGGACGCAUUCGGUGUAUUCAAGGUAGCCCAGCUUGUAGGCUUCAUGAUACAGGAAGUCGUGAUCGCGGGCAUAUAUUUGUACUCGUUCCGUUGUACGUCGCAGCGCUUGCGUAUGGUUAGAGAGGACCAGGUGAAAAAGAUGAUGCACGAACUUAUCGCACUCGUCGUCAUCGUCGUCUUACUUGAUGGCGCGCUCACCGUGAACGAAUUGGUGGGCAAUUUUCAGAUCCAGACUACUCUCAGACCGGCCGUCUACACUGUUAAGCUGAAGGCGGAGCUGUUCAUAUUGAACAACCUCGUCACCUGGAUGCAGACCCCAUCCUCUACCAGCGCAAGCUCAGCAUCGCACCCGCGGAAGCCGGCUCCGUUAGAUCGCGUAUCAAGUGGACAUACCCUCACAUCUGAAACAAAGCCUCACCCGCUACACGUUCCCUCUCGCGUAUCUUCGCGGGUAUCCUCGCGCGCUCCCUCAUGCGCCCCUUCACGCACCGGGACACCCGACCCGAGACCUUCCACACCAGGGAAGAGUGUCGCGAUGGCGGAAAACGAAGAGAGAUCAUUGCAAAGAAAUAGGAGUGAGGCCAGCCCUCAUUCAAUGAUGCCGUCUGAGUCGCGGGUGUUGACGGGGAAUGGAGUUAGACCCGGAAACAACAUGCAAUCGUUCGAAAAAAUAGACCUAGGUGACUGA